UCUUCUUCUUCUUCUUCUUCCUCGUCGAACCUUCGAAAUCAUAAACCUUUCUCUCUCUUUCCUCAAACAAUUAUUGUUUUUCACCCAACUUCCUUAAUUCUCUGGUGCACCUUCUAUUUGUAUUAACAACAUUAUCCAAAAAUUUCCUAAUAAUUCUUCACGCGAUCAGUUUCAAUUCAAUGUUUUCUUGUGUCUUCUGUGUGCAAUCAAUUGCCCUUGUGCUAAUUCCAUCUGGGGUGUGACCCUUUUGCAUGAAAGAUCAAAUCUUGAAGUUAAACCGAUAAUUCAAUUGUGAGUUGUUUCCAUCAAUGGACAAUUAUGGGUCUUCACAACCUCCAUAUGGGUAUCCAAGCCCUUAUUUCUACCCUGGCAACACCCCUCAAUACCCUCCUCCUGAUCCAUAUGCACGACCACCGUAUCCAUAUCCACCAAAUGCUCCAGAUACCUUCAACUACUCAUACCCCCCACCUUCUCCACCACCCUCAGCACCUUAUUCUAGCCACACACGCCAUUUCACAUACCCUUCUCCUUCUCAUCCUCCACCAUCACCACCAUCUCAUGAUUCCUAUGACAUUUCUAUGCCUCAAUCAACCGAUACUUAUCCUUACCCUGACCACGAUCCUCCAAGUAGUGAUAGUUAUAAGCCUCCUGUGGUUUCUAUUCACCCUCCUUUGGAUGAUCACAUGAGCAUUGUCAGGCUGUCUGAGACCACAAGUACACUUGCAUUGUUGACACAAUCCCCUUCAAUUUCAAAUUACUAUAGAGAUGAGUUUUUUGGAUUCUCUAUCUACUCCCCCUCAGAUUUGGAUAAAGAGGACCCUACUAGACCUUCUGCUCAAUCUGAUGACUCAAUGAGUAAUCAGAGCUUGCAGAUUGUCCCAGUUCAGAACAAAGCGUCUCUGCCAGUUCUGCUCCUGCAUGGGAAUUUGGAUAUUUGGGUUCAUCGAGCCAAACACCUUCCAAACAUGGACAUGUUCCACAAGACUUUGGGAGAUGUGUUUGGGAAGUUGCCUGUAAAUGUCAACAAGGUGGAUGGAACGGUGAGCCGGAAGAUUACCAGUGAUCCUUAUGUAACAAUUUCUGUGUCAAAUGCUGUAAUUGGGAGGACUUCUGUGAUUAGCAAUAGUGAAAAUCCUGUGUGGGAGCAACAUUUCUAUGCUCCUGUUGCACAUCAUGUGGCUGAAGUUCAUUUUGUUGUGAAGGACAGUGAUGUGGUGGGUUCGCAGCUCAUUGGUGUUGUGGCAGUUCCAGCUGAACAAAUAUACUCAGGGGAAAAGAUAAAUGGGAACUACCCUAUUCUGAAUAGCAGUGGGAAGCCUUGUAAGCCAGGUGCUGUCUUGAGAUUAUCCAUUCAGUACAUUCCAAUUGAGAAACUCAUCACAUAUGAUCAAGGAGUUGGAGCUGGUCCUGAAUAUCAUGGGGUUCCUGGCACGUAUUUUCCAUUGAGGAAAGGGGGAACUGUAACUCUUUAUCAAGAUGCUCAUGUCCCAAGUGGUUCUCUACCUAAUGUUAUGCUUAACCAUGGCUUGCAUUAUAAUCAUGGAAAGUGUUGGAAUGACAUCUUUGAAGCCAUACGUGCAGCUCAGAGAUUGGUUUACAUUACGGGGUGGUCUGUGUGGCACAAAGUUAGGUUGUUAAGGGAUACUGACAAUGCAACAGAUUCCACCCUGGGUGAACUUCUUAGGACUAAGUCAUCGGAGGGAGUAAGAGUGCUUCUACUUGUAUGGGAUGACCCUACAUCAAGAAGCAUUCUUGGUUACAAAAUGGAUGGUGUAAUGGCAACUCAUGAUGAGGAAACUAGACGAUUUUUCAAGCACUCUUCUGUGCAAGUGCUGCUUUGUCCCCGCAUUGCUGGAAAACGACACAGCUGGGCCAAACAAAAGGAAGUUGAAACAAUAUAUACACAUCAUCAAAAAACUGUAAUUGUGGAUGCUGAUGCUGGAAAUGGCAAAAGAAAAAUUGUGGCAUUUGUUGGUGGACUUGAUUUGUGUGAUGGGCGAUAUGAUAAUCCUCACCAUCCUAUCUUUAGGACACUGGAGACACUGCAUAAGGAUGACUAUCACAACCCUACUUUCACGGGUAAUACUGGUGGUUGUCCACGGGAGCCAUGGCAUGACUUACAUUCUAAAAUUGAUGGUCCAGCAGCUUAUGAUGUUUUGACCAACUUUGAGGAGCGCUGGUUAAGAGCUGCGAAACCUAAAGGGUUAAAAAAGUUUACAAGUUCAUAUGAUGAUGCAUUACUUAAGCUAGACAGAAUAAAAGAUGUUAUCAGUUCAUCUGAUGAUCUUGAUCUUGAUGAGGAUAACAAUCCUGCAUCAUGGCAUGUUCAGAUAUUCCGUUCAAUUGAUUCAAAUUCUGUCAAGGGAUUUCCGAAGGUUUCAAGAAAUGCAUCAAGCGCAAAUCUGGUAUGUGGGAAGAAUGUACUGAUUGACAUGAGUAUACAUACAGCAUAUAUAAAGGCUAUUCGCGCUGCACAACAUUACAUUUAUAUUGAGAAUCAAUAUUUCAUUGGGUCUUCAUAUAAUUGGAGUCAAUAUAGAGACCUUGGUGCUAAUAAUUUAAUUCCAAUGGAAAUUGCACUGAAGAUUGCUGCAAAGAUAAGAGCAAAUGAGAGAUUUGCAGUGUACAUUGUUAUUCCAAUGUGGCCGGAGGGUGUUCCAACAGGUGCUGCCACUCAAAGGAUUCUAUUUUGGCAGCAUAAAACAAUGCAAAUGAUGUAUGAAACAAUUUACAAGGCUUUGGUUGAAGUUGGGCUUGAAGCAGCAUUCUCUCCACAAGACUAUUUGAACUUCUUCUGUCUUGGCAAUAGGGAGGCAGUAGAUGUGUAUGAGAAUGUUACUGUGUCUGGAAAUCCUCCACCAGCGAAUAGUCCACAAGCAAUUAGUAGAAACAAUCGACGAUUCAUGAUUUAUGUUCAUUCAAAAGGUAUGAUAGUUGAUGAUGAAUAUGUGAUAGUGGGGUCUGCCAACAUCAACCAGCGCUCUAUGGAAGGAACAAGGGACACUGAGAUUGCAAUGGGUGCCUACCAACCUUAUCAUACUUGGGCAAGAAGACAGUUUUAUCCACUUGGGCAGAUCCAUGGAUAUAGAAUGUCACUUUGGGCAGAACAUACAGGUACUAUUGAAGACUGUUUUUCAGAACCAGAAAGCCUUGAAUGUGUUAGGAGGAUUAGAACAAUGGGUGAACUGAACUGGAAACAAUAUGCAUCAAAUGAUGCAACAGAGAUGAAAGGGCAUCUUCUCAAGUACCCUGUAGAAGUUGAUAGAAAGGGUAAGGUAAGAUCCCUUCCUGGUCAGGAUGAGUUCCCUGAUGUGGGUGGAAAGAUUAUAGGAUCGUUUAUUGCCAUUCAGGAAAAUCUAACCAUUUGAUCAUUUUUUAUGUUCACAUUGUUGGUCAUUAGGAUGUACGAUGAAUGUAAAUUAGAGACAAUUUUGAAAUGCAAUGUAGUUGAAGGAACACCUGUGCAGUGUAUAUAGUGAUAAAAUCUUUUCCACUCAUUUUCCUUGUAUACUCACAAACCACUUGCUAAAUAUUAUCACUCCCUCCUUUUCUAUCA